AUGCCAUUUGGACUAUAUUACGAUGUUGUAGUUACGUUAGCACGUUGGAGUAUUUAUGGAUUUUAUAGAGAAAUUCGUGUAAUUGGUGAUGAGAAUGUACCAAAAGAAGGUCCUUUAAUUGUGUGUUCAACACACUGUAACAUGAUAGUUGAUCCUGCGGUCCUUGCUUCAACAUUUCCUCACAAAAGAAAACUCCAUUUCUGGGCAAAGAAUUCAUUAUUUGGGAAUAAAUAUUUCAAUGUGGUGUUACAUAGUGGGGGAGUAGUUCCUGUUGAUAGGACUAGCAAGAACAAUAAAGCUUUGUUUGCUUCUACUAAUGAAGUUUUAAAACUUGGUGAAGUUGUAGCUGUAUUUCCUGAAGGAACAUCACAUUCAAAGUCUCGUUUACUAGAAUUGAAAGAUGGAGCUUCCUGGGCUGCUUUACAAUAUGCUUCUGAAUAUGUAGCAAAUUAUAGUAAAAUUGAUCAAGGUGUCAAUAGUAAAAACGAUCAUUUGAAAAAGAGCAAUAACACUACUAAUAAUAAGAAAUCAAUUCAACAAGUCAUAAUAUCACCAUGUGCAAUAACAUAUUUGCAAAAAUCUAAAUAUAGAAGCCUGGUCAUAGUCACAUAUGGACCACCUAUAUAUGUUGAAGCGUAUCUUAAGGAUUUCUCUGGAGGUGAACGUGCUGCUGUUAAACAAUUAACUAAUCGGAUAGAAGUUGAAUUAGAAAAAUUAUCGAUAAAUGCUGCUGAUUGGGAUAUUUUGAAUUCUGCAAAUAUGGCCAGAAAAUUAUUAUUUGCUGAUGAUAAACGAGUUCACCUUGAAGAAUAUGUAAAAAUCACUCAACACCUUAUUUAUUUUUUUACGAAUACAACAUCAGAAGAAGCAGUCUUGUUAAAGAAAUCAUUAAAUGAUUACAAAACCAAGUUAGAUAUGUUGAGUCUAUCCAAUUCAGAUAUAGCAAGAUAUGAAACACGUAGUCUAACCAUACCAUGGGCACUAUAUCAAUUUCUGUUUGAACUGUCUAGAUUCCUAAUACAAUUGCCAUUCUUUCUCCCUGGAUUGUGUUUUCAUUGGCCAAUCUAUCUUAUGGGAAAAAUCUCUGCUAAAUAUGAGAUAUAUGAGGAGUCAAGAGCUCAGAAUAAAAUAAUUUUGGGAUUGGCAUGGUUGAUAUUAUCAUAUUCUGCUCUAUUCUUUUGUAUCUGGUUUUUUUUCUUUUACACUCUUUUAGGUUUAAUAUUUGCAGCUGGUUCUGUUUUUACUUUUGCUUGGUAUCAUAUAGCACUUGUUGAUAGAGAUGAAGUUGAGAAAUUGGUUACAAAACGACAUUCUUGUAUUGAUCAACUGAAAUCAAUUACACGAGAAUAUAGAGCCAAAAGUGAUGAUUUAAGAAUUGUGUUGGAAUAUCGUGAACGAGAUUAUGAUCAAUAUUAUA